AUGACUUUCCCUCGCGUGUGUUUGUCUACAGCGUCUGGCCAGUUGGUCUUGCUUCCCGGGACCACUUCUCCUCUCCCAAACAGUGAUUUUUCGCUCGAGCUCGCCUGCGGCGCUAUUGGAGCCGCUCUUGUGCUCAGCGCUAUUACCACUACCAGCCUGUUCCCCUCCCACAACUCGUGUGUCGCCGCAAGCAAGCACCAUCAAGGGAAGUUCCUGCAACCGGCAUCCGCCAGCAGCAAACUCGCGGUUUGGAUAUGCCCAUUUUUUGUGGGAGCUCGCCUGCGGCGCCACGCAGUCCUUGAUUUCUCUGGUCGCAAGACUUGCAGUGACCCAAGCCUGUCCGCCUUCAACAACUUGGGCGUCACUCGCUCCAGGGGGUCUUCACCCGCGCCGUGCAAUGCUAUCGGCCCUACUUAUGCAAUCACGACUGUCAAUUCCUUCCCUUCAACCACUACGUUUUUCGCAAGAGCUCGCCUGCGGCGCCAUUGGAGCUCAAUACUGCCCACGAGCAACAGCCCGUCGCUGACCCCAACAUCUCGAUACCAUUUCCCCUCCCCCGAACAGCGAUUUUCGCUCGAGCUCGCCUGCAGCGCCGUUUUGCCCAAGCCGCGACUUGCCCAUAAUACCCUCCAAAGCUCGCCCCUGGACCCCCCAUUUUUCAGCGGGAGCUCGCCUGCGGCGCCGUUGCAGCCUAUCUCGCCGCGUGUUGCGCACAAUCUCUGUCGCCAACAUGGCCGUCGAAAGACUUGUGCUAGUGUGUGGUUACCUGCAGCGCUCAAUGCCAACUUGGAUCCUGCUGGACCCAAACUUUGUCACCAACACACAGAGCAGAAACGGCGAGCGACACUGUGA